CCCUCCACUCUUAAUAACUACGAAAAAAUUAAACUUUCAAGGGACGAUGUUGAAAUCUUCACCCUAGCGUUUGUAGUUUCAGAACAUGCGGCCCUAUUGAAUUUCAUUAAUGAGAUAGUGGCGGAACACAUGGGCCAAGAUGAAUACAUGAGUGACCUUAAGUUAAGAGAAGUACUCGCCAAAAUAAAAGAGCGAGCCGAUUUCGACGGAAGGUUUCCUGAGAUUGUAGGACAGUGCAUUAGUAAUACAUUACAAAAGACAGCAAAUAACUAUAGAUUUACAUUCAGUGACGUUAAAAACUACGCCCUAGCGUAUGUAGCUUCGGGAAAUCCGGACGUAAUGGAAAUAGUACAUAACGCCGUGAUUGCUCAUGAAAAACCUGAUGGCAUGGACUAUGAAGCAUUUAGAAAAGUAAUUGAGGACGUAAUACGAACAUUAGAAGUACAAAAACCAGUACCCAGUUACGAUGAAUUCAAAGCGGAUGUCUUAAGUCGCAUAUUCUCUGUGAACGGAAUUGAAAAUUUGAUCAUUGAAACAUUAUUUCCUUUAUAGUUUGAAUACAAUAUUAACUGUUAUUAAAUCAGUGCAUUUAUGUAAUACAUCACAUAC